AAUUAUUUGGGCCUUGUCAGUCAGACACUGGCGAAUCUCAACUAGCUCAUUAGCUGCUAACGUUAGCAAUGGCGAGCUUUUAUAGCUAGCUAGCCGCUGUGAUACCGUUUGUUUAUGUUAGCUGUGCGACAGCUUAAUUUUCGAAAACUACCGCAACGAAUCAAAAUACAUGGUUAACAAUUUGUGGCACUUCAUAUUUAUCAUUGCUAAUGAGUAAUCAAAAUACGAAACCGGAAUUUCAAUAUUUAAAUAGAAAUAUAGCUUUCGUUUAUGUUGGUUAGCUUUAUUACGGCAAAUGCUCAGUGGACAUUUUCUGUUUUCAGCUCAUAAACGGUGUUGUCGUCGUGUGUGUGUGAGUGUUCCAGUCUGAACCAUGGAACAGUGUGCAUGUGUUGAGCGGGAGCUGGAGAAAGUGCUCCACCGCUUUGUAAUGUAUGGCCACCAGUCUGAGGAGAGGCUAGACGAGCUCCUGCGCAGUGUCUGUGAGAUACGAGGACAGCUAGUUGCUUUUGGAGUACAAGAUGCAGACCUUUCAGUCCUAUCUCAGACCAUGGCACAGUGUUGUAAGAAUAUUAAAGAAACAGUGCAGAUGCUAGCCUCCCGACAUAAGGACAUCCAUGGCAGUGUGUCAAAAGUGGGCAAAGCCAUUGACAGGAAUUUUGAUGCAGAGAUCAGUGCUGUGGUGGCGGAGACGGUGUGGGACACCCCAGAGAGACAGAAAUACCUGAGUGAGACCAUUGUGGAGCACCUUUACAGACAAGGGAUGCUCAGUGUAGCAGAGGAUCUUUGUCAGGAGUCUGGUGUAGUUAUAGAUAUGAGUAUGAAGCAGCCUUUCCUGGAGCUGAACAGAAUCCUUGAAGCUCUGAGGAUGCAAGAUCUCAGGCCAGCACUAGAGUGGGCUGUGACGAAUCGGCAGCGCCUUUUGGACCUGAACAGCAGUCUAGAAUUCAAGUUGCACCGCUUGUACUUCAUCAGCCUGCUCAGCGGAGGAAUCAGCAACCAAAUGGAGGCCCUGCAGUAUGCCAGGCAUUUCCAGCCCUUCGCUUCUCAACACCAGAGAGAUAUUCAGAUCCUGAUGGGCAGUCUGGUGUACCUGCGUCAUGGCAUUGAUAACUCUCCGUACCGCAGUCUGCUGGAGACAAAUCAGUGGGCUGAGAUCUGUAACAUCUUCACCAGGGAUGCCUGCGCUUUACUGGGCCUCUCUGUAGAGUCACCACUCAGUGUUAGUUUUGCAUCAGGCUGUAUGGCCUUGCCAGUGCUGAUGAACAUCAAGCAGGUGAUAGAGCAGAGACAGUGCAGUGGCGUAUGGACGCACAAAGAUGAGCUGCCUAUUGAAAUUGACCUCGGGAAGAAGUGCUGGUACCACUCUGUGUUCGCCUGCCCGAUCCUCAGGCAGCAGACCUCAGAGAGCAAUCCUCCCAUGAAGCUCAUCUGUGGCCACGUCAUCUCCAGAGAUGCCCUCAACAAACUGACUAACGCUGGGAAGUUGAAAUGUCCGUACUGCCCCAUGGAGCAGAAUCCGUCACAUGCCAAGCAGAUCUACUUUUGAUACCGCACACUGUCCUCAUGAGUAAGGAUGAAGUUCCCUGGAGCUCUUUGCAUUUCCAGGACCAUUUGCUCUGGCCCUUUUCCUCUGUCCCCGGCCUCUUGGCCUGUUAUUGUAAGCAUUAAGGUUUUAUCCCAGUGCUCCUCUGGACAGCCAUGGCCAUCCUGUAACCCACCUCGGACCCUCCAACUUUGCGUAGUAUACAGAGUCCAGCAGGGAUGGUCCAACUACAACCUGUAGUAGAGUGAGGAGUCUGUCAGUAAUGAGAACAUCCUCACAAAGAAGCACCUCUGAAAAAGGAUCAUUCAUUGAAACUUGCAAAAUGCCUGCAGAGUUUAUAGGCUUAUCUUUUCAAAGUAUGUAAUACUUGAUAGUGUUUGUUUUCUCAGCUUUAUCGAAAGUUUGAGUUCAAAGACUGCUUCUUUUUUCUUAUCCUUUUUUGUGACAGAAGCAGUUGAAUGAAUGUGGAUGGCUGAGUGUGGGUAAAUGGGUAUAGAUAGGCAGUUUCUGAUUUCAGGAUGGUAAUAAAACUUAUCUUACACAUGAGAAAAACUACAGAGUAACGGACUGCUGAAGGUUUCUUUCUGGUUAAGGGAACUGUGGAAGUCUAUCUUGAAUUGAACUCUUGAUUGUGAACCAUUACUCCUCCAUUAUGUAAUAAAGGCCUCUCGUAGCUUGAAAGUAACUGUUGGUUUGAUCAGUAGAAAGAUUAACUCAUCAAUGGUGGAUCAGCUUUUUUUUUGUGACUGACUGCACCAGCAAGAUUUUCCUCAUUGUAGAAGCCAUUUGUCUUGUUCUAUGUAUGUAUUUAACAAGCAAUGACAAAAAGGAAACAAAAAAUAUAUACUACUGUGAAAUGUGCUUUGUUUCUAUUUUUUAUUGCAGCUGCCACAACGGCUCAUGUAAAUUAAACUGAACCGCAAAAUGCAUAAUCAACACUGCAGCGUAACUUUCAGAACUAACGACUCAGCGGUUCGCAUCACGGUUGUGCCAUCGCCUCACUCUGCCACGCAUUGUGUAUCCUAAGCUUGCACGCCAUGUGAUUUGGAGAUGUAAAGUGGUGUGAUGGUAGCCGUAUGGUCUGACUUGUAGUGGCUGUAGGCUUGUGAUUCAGCUUUACUCGUUGUGGGUGGGGAAGUCCUCUGAACAUUGUGGCUGUUGUUUAAUGUAUACUUAAAGAAAUGCCUCUGCUGCAUAGGUUUUGCUUUUACUUGAGAUUGAGUCAGAAUACAAACAUUCAAAUCCAUACAUUUCCUCAGGGCUCAUUGCAAUGGUUCAUGACACUUUGCAGUUAGUAUUAAAGGUGUACAUUUAUAUAAGGAGUCAAAGAUUACACAUAUUUCACUACUGAGGCUGAUAGUUUGGGUGUUGUUGGACUUUGUAUAUACUAUUCAACUGGUGAUGUGUAAGCAUACACUUGGGGAAAUUGUAUCACAUGGUUAGAUGAUCAUUACUAAUAGUGCAAGUUCCUGGUGUCCUCUUGAAAAUGGUGAUGUCACCUCACCCUAGUGAGGCUAAGUUGUUCAGCAAGCACUGCACCAGCAUAGCUCAUACUGACAAUGCAACAUUACACUCAGAGUAUCAGAUGAACAUUUUUAUCUUGCUUUCAUUUGGAGUGGGUUUAAGCACGUUUUGUGUGGACUUUCACUGAAUUUCCUGUUUUUCUUUCUUUGGUUGACAAUCAUUCAUUGCUUCUUCCGAGUGUUCCUUCAGAUAGACUGCUAGCGCUCCGUGCUUCUGUCAUAUUAAUUUUGUUAAAUGUUUGCAUUUCCUGCUUUUGUGUGUGCAACUUUUAUUGUAAAUAUUUAUCCACUAACAUGUUUCAUAUACUUGCAUCUGAAAUUAAAUAAAAAUUUAUACUCCAAGUCA